CAAGUGCGGUGCAGUCGACCUGAGAGGAGCGGACCGUGUGCCGCCGUCGUGAGGGGACACCGCACAGAUGAAGGGGCCGUCGCGUGUCUAACUAUCACUUAUUCCUAACACACAUCAAACAACACACUCCUCCUUCCCCUGCACCGGGGUCGCGGCGUCGCUGUCGGUCUUUCUUUCGGAGGGCUUGCCUGUUUUUGCCUCCGGGAGGCUGAAUGGAAGCAGCAGCCGAGGGAGCGGUCGGGCUGUCGGAGGCCAGGGACGGGAGUCCGCUCUCCGGGGCCGCAGCAUCCGAUGAUGGGGACACGGUGGUUGGAGUUAGCUACGGGGUGGACUCCGCAGACAUGGAUGCUGCUGCUAAGAAAGCCUUCAUCACAGAGAUGCCCUCAUCCUCAGGCCUGCCUGGUCAGGGAAAGAAGAUUGGCCACAGAGGGGUGGAUGCAUCAGGGGAAACUACAUACAAGAAGACCACAUCCUCAGCCUUGAAAGGUGCCAUCCAGCUGGGCAUCGGUUACACAGUGGGCAACCUGAGCUCCAAGCCUGAGAGAGAUGUGUUGAUGCAGGACUUCUACGUGGUGGAGAGCAUCUUUUUCCCCAGUGAAGGCAGCAACCUCACUCCAGCCCACCAUUUCCCUGACUUCCGAUUUAAAACAUAUGCCCCUGUGGCCUUCCGCUACUUCAGAGAACUGUUUGGCAUCAGACCGGAUGACUACCUGUACUCCUUAUGUAAUGAGCCUCUGAUCGAGCUGUCCAAUCCUGGAGCUAGUGGCUCGGUCUUCUAUCUUACAAGGGACGACGAGUUCAUCAUCAAGACCGUGAUGCACAAGGAGGCUGAAUUUUUACAGAAACUGCUGCCUGGAUAUUACAUGAACUUGAAUCAGAACCCUCGCACUUUGCUUCCCAAGUUUUUCGGCCUCUACUGUGUACAGUCGGGCGGGAAGAACAUCCGCGUGGUGGUGAUGAACAAUGUCCUCCCCCGUGUGGUUCGCAUGCACCUCAAAUACGACCUGAAGGGCUCCACCUACAAGAGGCGAGCUUCCAAGAAGGAAAGAGAGAAGGCCAAGCCUACUUUCAAAGACCUGGACUUCAUGCAAGACCUGCAGGAUGGACUGAUGCUGGACCAGGACACUUACAAUGCGAUGGUCAAGACCCUACAGAGAGACUGCCUGGUCCUGGAAAGCUUUAAGAUCAUGGACUACAGUCUGCUGCUCGGGGUCCACAACAUAGACCAGGCAGAGAGGGAGAGGCAGAUGGAGGGCUCCCAGGGCGGAAGCGAUGAGAAGAGGCCCGUGGCCCAGCAGAAGGCCCUGUACUCCACAGCCAUGGAAUCCAUUCAGGGAGGAGCGGCCUGCGGAGGGUCCAUCGACACUGACGACACGAUGGGUGGUAUCCCAGCUGUGAAUGGGAAAGGGGAGAGACUUCUUCUCUACAUCGGAAUCAUCGACAUCCUGCAGUCCUACAGGCUAAUCAAGAAAUUGGAGCACACGUGGAAGGCUUUGGUUCAUGACGGAGACACCGUAUCAGUCCACCGGCCAGGCUUCUACGCCGAUAGGUUCUUCAAGUUCAUGAGCAGCACAGUUUUCAAGAAGAGCUCCUCUCUGAAGUCAUCUCCAUCCAAGAAAGGUCGUGUGUCGUUGACAGUGCCUAAGUGUGGGGGUCCCGGUGCAGCCUGGUCAGCCAGCCAGCUGCCUUCUGAGAGAGACGAGAAUAUCUACGACCUGAGAGGAGCUCGCAGCUUCCCAACGCUGGAGGAUGAGGGGCGGCCAGAUCUUCUUCCAUGUACUCCUCCAUCGUUUGAAGAGGCGACCACAGCGUCAAUUGCCACCACUCUCUCUUCCACCACCUCUCUGUCCAUCCCAGAGCGGUCCCCCUCUGACAGUGCCGAGCACCCCCGCUACAGGAGGCACACCCAGUCUCUCAGCCAUGACGGGAGGACCCAGGAAGAGCUGCGUGUGCGGGAGGAGGAUCAGCAGACCAUCACAGUGGAGGUGGAGCUGAAGAGACACGACAGUGAGCCCACUAUCUCUGUUCCACAGCCUUCACCUGAAACCAGUGAAGCUCAGGAAGUAGCUGGUGCCGAGGCUCCUGAUGCCGCUGCAGCAGCACCUUCCAGCUCUUCGUCAGCGCCUGAAGCAGCCUCUUCCUCCUCGUCUCCCCCGGCAGCUCUCUCUUCUCCUGGGGCGGCCAAGGAAGCCCCGUCCAGUCCCAAGGUGGUGGUGGAGGCAGACAGGGCAAGCCUGGUGUCUGGCUCAGGGUGUGCCAGCCAGGCUUCAGUCGAUGAUGACGAUGACGUGCCAAUCACAGAUAUCUACUUUGCGUUGACAGAUGGACAGCAGAAAGGGCGUAGCGACUCUGGCUGCCUCCAGAGGACAGGACCUGGGUGUACUCUCCGCUACACUAUGGCUCAGAGUCUAAGGCCCUGCCAGAUGGGGAUUGGGAAAGAGAGACAUAAAACCUGUUCUCUGGCAGAGAGGAGCGAAUGUCUCAGUGGAGAGGACUCGGCGGUCUGAAGGCCAGACCUCGGCGGUUGCAGCAGGAUCCUUGUCUGAACCAGGAUUUUAAACAUGCAUACGGAAACUGAACACACUGAGGGGAAAAAGUGGCUUGAGUACCAGAGAGGGGGGGGAAAUCCUGUCAGCGAUGACAUUACUGAUUCCCAACCAUCCCUGCCUUUCAUCCUAGACAAAUGAAAAUUAUAUGAGUUUAAUAAUAAUAAUGUGUAUGUGAUACAUACAGUAGUGCGUAUAUGACUGUAGUUCUACAUGUUUGACAUACAUGAAAGACCAUAGUAACUUUCAGUGCCUAUGAAAAGUAUUCACCCCCCUGGUUGUUUACAUGUGUUAUUGCAGUGCUACUUGAUUAUGUCAAAAAUCACAAUCACGAUUAUUUUGAUCAAUAUUGAGAUCACAGUUCUUUAACAUGAUUACUUUGGAAAACAUUAUGCUUGACUUUGGAAACUUGUCUUUUUAACAGUGGAUUUCCUUGAACUUUAAAUAUAAUUCAGGAAAAAAAAAAGAAAAUCUUAAAAUAAUGAUAAUAAAUAAUAUAAUAUAAAGAUUUAUUUAAUAUGUGACGUGUAUUAUGAUGUUGUUUUUAUUUGGUAUUCAAAAUGUGAGAAAUUGAAAUAAGACUCGCAGCAAAAUCCAUUCGUUCUCUGCAUUUAACCCAUCCUUAGAUGGUUUAUUCACAACACAAGAUAAAUGAGAGCUACAUUAUGAAAUGGCUUGCGCCACAAUUAUUGUUUUAUCUCAAUUAUCUUGUUUUCAUAAUUGUUGGAAGCCCAAAUCGUAAUUGAAAAUAAAAUUUGAUUAAUCGCCCAGCUCUAUUAUAUUGUCUUACAACAUUGACUACAACAAAGACUCUUCAAUGUCAAUAAACGUGAUAGCCAAGUGGGGUGAAUACUUUUUAUAGGCAUUGUACAGUGUGAUCUAGUUCACACAAGCAAAGCCCUCCAUCAGACUCUACAGGCUUUCCCCCAUGGAAAUGUGCAAAUACUGGUUUUGGCCAAUCAGGGUAAGCCCAAAAACCAUUCUUUGUACUUGCUGUGUCGUUCGCCCUCACCUGGCAUCCAGCUUCCUUUCAACAGCUGGAAGAGAAACACAAGUUAGAUGAUUACCAUCAUCACAGCUGGUGACCUUUGGCCUCGCCUCUCGUGAUACGAUGCUGCUCCUCCUGCCCCGGUCUCCUCGCUGCCAUGUCCACCUGGGAGCAGAACAUGCGGCCACAUGUAGAUUUCAGUGUGAGGAGUGAGCGGUCAAGCCUGUGGUGUUGGAGGUGCUCUCUGCCUGUGCUCGUAGAACUGGAGUUACAGUGAUAACCACCGUUUGGCCAAACAAAACAGAACAUCUAGACGUCCCUGUCAUCCUCACAUUUCCUGUAGUGAAUAUAUGCAGUUUAGUUUAUAGAGAGAAAAAUGUAAACAUUUUUUAGUGAUUAUAUACAGUUGUUUCAUUCAUAGCAUAAUAAUUUAUUAUUUAUAUCAUACUUAUGUUGCAUCAUUUUGUAUUUCUAAACUUUUCUUCAGCUGUUUUACUACCGUGAACUUUUAUUUAUCUUGUCUGUUUGUAUUUUAUUCUAAUCUUUACUGGUGUAUUUUCACUGCUUAAAUGUUUUUAAAAAUUUGCAUCCAAAGAACUUUAAUUUGCUGUUUAGUUGUUUCCCAGUUUGUUUUUACAUCACGUGUUUGACGUGAUUCAGUGUUACUACAUUUGUUCACUACACCUCUUGUGAAAACAGCUGAGACUUGUGACUCUCGGCGUCAAUUGCAACACUAAGGCAGCAGACAUUGUCAGUCGUUAUAGUAAUUUUCACAUCAUAACAAUGUCUUCCAGUGUUGCCCUACUUUUGGACACAUGCACACAAAUCAUUUGUAACAAUAGAAUUUCAUGUUUUCUUUUUUUGGAAAAAGAAUCAGCAUAUCAGUGACAUUUGCUGUAUCUGGUUGCCCUCACCUCCUCACAGUAAGAAAUCCAUUGACUGGACAUUUCAAAUGUUUGUAGCUGUAGAGCAUCAGUUGUAGUAUUUGCGGUCAAUAUCGUACCUGUUAUCUGUAUAUUGGAAUGAACACAGUACGUUGCAGUGUUGACUUGGCACGACACUGCAGUUUGUAAAUGGGUUGAAUGUUGUUUGCACUUCUCAAGAGGACCUGAAGAUAAACUAGUGAUAGAGGCCAAAUAAACAUACAUCACGUUAUCUUCGUUUCUGCUCACACAGGUUGAUAUUUAGACAGCAUUUAUGUUACGGUUAUCAAGUGUGUAUGUGUGUGUUGGUGAAGUCAAUCACAGUCAUUGUAGGGGUUAGUGUUUACUGUAGUCUCUCUGUGGCUGACAUCUUAGGACUCUGAAGUAACAUUUCAGUUCAAUUUAAACAAACUGAAUUUUUAUCUCACUUCAGAAACUUCAGUUUGGUUGGUGCGUUUCUAUGUGUGUUUGUGUGUAAGGAAAGACACAUCAGUGUAAAUUAGAAAUCAUUCUCAUGAUGUGCAGUGGCCAGUUGUAAUCAGUUUGCUGUCGUUCAUCAGAUGGAGACCAUAGCAGCAAUAUUUUGUACAGUCUAGCUUUUAAGUUCAUUUGUAUUGCCUUAUUGAGAAAUCUUACAUGUGGGCCUAUUUAUAUUGUUUUCACUCGUGCUGUUGUAUUUAUUUUUCUUUCUCAUAGUUGUGCUCCUGAGAAUGUGUACAUAAAAUUAUAAAUACAUAUAUAAAGAUAUACAAAUAUAUUUUCCAUUUGAAUCGGAGAAUAUUAUUUUUAUUUGGUUUUAUUUUUGCUGCUGGGCAAGAAAUGAUUGCAAUCUACAUAAUUUACUGUACCAUAUUCUUCAGUGUGUUUAUUGAGAUGCAGCUGCUGUAUAUUUAUGGUCCAUAAACCACAGCUGUUUCUUUGUAAGAUAUCCACAAUUGAAAGAUUUGUGGGUUUUCCUGUACAUGCAAAUCAUUAGGGAUUCUUCCAACUGUUCAGCUGUGUUGUGUAUGUGUUUUCAAAUCCCUAUGUGCCCUCAUCCAAUAGGGAGAGUCCUUUGCAGAGACAUAGCAUGAUUUCAAGAUGAAUAUGCAUAUCAGAAAUGUGUAUUUAUGUAUAUCUGUGUAUAUUCAUCUAUUUAUACGUGAGGAUAAAUAGAUGGCUGUAUGUGUGUGUGUUUGGACUCAGUCAGAAUGAAUACAAAAUAAAGCAGUUCUAUGAA